AUGUCCUCAUCAGGAGGUUCAACGACUCCAAUCCUAACCCCGCCAGCAGAGGUAAUCAACCCAGCGGACGAGGAGUUUUACGCAUCCUGGGGUCUAUGUAUCCUAUGUCUCCUCUUGAUCGGAGCGCUCAUCACGUCAUAUUACCUCCAGAUCAAGAGGAUCAGAGCAGUGCACGAAACGGUAGUUUCGAUAUUUGCUGGGAUGGUAGUGGGGUUGAUCAUCAGGUUGUCGCCUGGACAUAUGAUUAGGGAGAUGCUGUCAUUCAAACAUACAUUCUUCUUCAACGCUCUACUACCACCUAUCAUUCUGAAUUCGGGAUACGAGUUGAAACAGGAAAACUUCUUCAGGAAUUUCGGUGUGAUUUUGACAUUUGCGUUUCUCGGUACAUUCAUCUCAGCAGUAGGAAUAGGCGUGUUGGUAUAUAUCUGGUCAUUCUUAGGCUUAGAAGGUCUAAAAUUCACACUCCUAGAAUGCCUGAUCUUCGGUUCGACACUGUCUGCCACUGAUCCUGUGACGAUCUUGGCUAUUUUCAAUACGGCCAAAGUCGAUCCCAAGUUGUAUUCAAUCAUUUUUGGAGAAUCGAUAUUGAACGAUGCUGUCAGUAUCGUCAUGUACGAAACCCUCUCUCAAUUCCACGGUGAAGACAUCUACCUAUCAUCUUUGUUCCACGGUGUGGGAAUAUUCUUGUUCUCUUUCCUCGUAUCGAUGGCUUUGGGUGUAGCAUUUGGUUUGGCAUGUUCAUUAGGUCUCAAGCAUUCUCAUCUGGCGACUUACCCUCAUAUCGAGAGUUGUCUGGUGGCUUUGGUGGCUUAUACAAGUUAUUUCUUCUCAAAUGGUAUCGCUAUGAGUGGUAUCGUAUCCCUCUUGUUCUGCGGAAUAACCCUAAAACAUUACGCCUAUCAUACGAUGUCGAAACGAACGCAAAGAACUACAAAAUAUAUGUUCGCUGUAUUGGCGCAAUUAUCAGAAAACUUCAUAUUCAUCUAUCUGGGUUUGAACUUGUUUACUCAGGAUGUACAGGUAUUCAAACCCUUAUUUAUCCUUGUUUCAGCUAUCGCCGUCAUGGCAUCCCGUUACGCGGCGGUCUUCCCCUUAUCAGAACUGAUCAACUGGGUCUAUCAUACUCGAGGACAGCGAUACGAGGAACUUCCCCACUCGUACCAGAUGAUGUUAUUCUGGGCGGGAUUAAGAGGAGCAGUCGGUGUAGCAUUAGCAGCGGGAAUCACGGGCGACAAUGCCGAUGCGCUACGAACUACAAUCUUAGUUGUAGUGGUAUUGACGGUGAUCAUAUUUGGUGGUACCACCGCUAGGAUGUUAGAAGUGCUGGGUAUAAGGGUUGGAGUGGAAGAUGAAGAUGCCUCUUCGGAUGAUGAAGCUGAAGGAUGGACCAGCUACAAUGGAAAUUUGGCAUUGUCCAUGGGUCCCGGAUCAAGACGAUAUGCGGGACAGAAUGGUCGAGGAUAUAGUUACGGAGGGGGUGAAUAUGACGAUAACGAAAUCGAAAAUGGAAUCGAUCUUCAUUCACCUGAGAAUUCACCUUAUAUCUCAUCUUCAUCCAAAAAUCAACUCCAUUUACCUAGAUCCAGACAAGCUUCUAUGGGAGCUAGGUCAACGUUCGGUACGAACAAUUCGAGAUCCGGUUUCUCGACGAAUUCAGAGUCGGAUGAUAAUGAGGAGGUCUUACCUUCUGCUGGACCUAGUGGAGAGUAUGAAGGAGGACGUAAUGAUGAAGAAGGCGGUGUGGGUGGUGGGUUGGGAGGUAUAAGACCCGGAAUGAUAUUUAGAGAUGGACAGUGGUUUACAGCAUUAGACGAAAGGUAUUUACUUCCAUUGUUCAGUAAUUCCGUUACUGCCCGCAGACAUCAUGCGAAGAAAGCGACUAGGAAAGUUAGCAGUAGUUUGUAUGAUGCUGCUGGGGAGAGGGAAGGAAGAGGAAGUGAAAGUGGACAUGGAACUCCAAGAGGUGGUAAUUCCUUGGAACUCAACCGCGGUGGUCAAGGGCAAGGGACAGAUGAAGAUUAUGCUUAUGAUGGUGAAAGUGAGAAUGGGAAAGUGAAAAGUGGAUUACCAAGGACGUUUAGCGGUUCAGUAACGGAUUUCUUCUUUGCCAAAGCCGAUCCUUCAUCAUCCACAACGAACCUACAUCAAUCAUCUUCAAAUAUAUCUUUACCACUAGAAGAUCGGAGUAGGGGUAACUCAAGUAGCGGACCUGGACCAUCGACAUCAACGAAUAUAAGGAGAGGUAGUGGGGAUGUCUCUGUUCCAGCCAAUGUGAAGACUAACCCUAAUCCUAAUGAACAAGGUUGGAUAUGGACUGGAUCUGGAGUGGGUGAAGUGGAAGGAACCAGCAGAAGUUCGACACCUAAAUUGACUAAAGGUGAUUAA